AUGUCCGUCAAGUCUGCCAUCAGCUCUGGCGCUCUGUCACUGGCGCUAUUGCUCUUCGGCCAUGGCCACCUCACCAAGGCAGCAAAGGACCCGGACACUACUUACAUUUACUUUGACAACAUCCCAUAUCUUGCCAACGGCUCCAAUGUCAUCCCCAUGUCCUGGUCCGCGCUGGAAGCCGGCUUUGCAGACCCCAUCCGCGAGGACAUUGCCAAUUUCACCGGUCUAGACUGGACAAAGCCGUACCCUGGGAGCCCGCUGCCAGGCUUCACUACCCAUUUGCGGAUAGCGGACCAUCUGCCUUUUCCGGCCGCUGUGACGACAGAGAAUGCCACAAUCGACGUGGCAGCUCUCAAUAACGGCAUCCCACCGUCCAUGAGAAAGGCAGAUGGCCUCCCAAAGAGCAUGCAUCCCUCGUGGUACAUCUGUCAGCACUAUUAUGUCAGCGACCUGCCUGACGCAGCCUCGGACGUUGCGCACGACUGUUCCUUUUUGCCGAGCCAAUGUCAGAAGGACUUGAAAGCCGACAUGGUUGCGAACUGGGGAGCAUACGCGGACGAGUCGGGCGGUAUCAUGUGCGGCGGAUGGUCCCUUGACACCAUCACGCCAAGCUGCCAAGAGGCUCUGGGAUUUGUGACAGCAGAUGUGCUGGGUUUUGAUGCGUCCUAUCUCGAAGAUGAGGUCGGGGCCAGAGAUGCGACAGUGGAUGAAGUCGGACGCUAUUCGUGGAUGGUGGGCGACGGUUUCCAGGAGCCCAGCACAGAGACAACGUACUAUACCGCAUCCAACAGGACGUACCUGGUUGCUACUGUGUUUGGGUACAGUUCUGGGUAUAAAAGUUCAGUCCAGCCGAGGGUGGAACUUUCGUGUCUUCGACCAAAAUGGAUCGCACCUCCUGCAGAGCCCGCAGAGCCGACUGAGACCACCACUUCUUCUUCCUUUGCUCCUUCUUUUACCUCGACCUCAUCAGGCUCAGCAUCUUCAAAGACAACGUCGGCGGCCUCUUCUUCCAUGUCCUCUGGGUCCAGUACGGCUAUGUCUUCAACAACUGCUCCGGCCUCAUCGUUGUCACUGACUUUGAGCAAGACUACUACUACCUCCACUGCACCUGCAUUGCCAUCCUCCACUACGCACUGCACAGGUGGUACCACGGCUGAAGGAAUAUCGGGCAAUCUCCUCGGACUUUGUUCCUACAGCUGCGAUUUCGACCACUGCCUCGACUCUGCCUGUGUCUGCACCCGGUCCGCGGCGGUAGCAGUUCCGCCACCAGCCCAGUUGGCAGGAAAGCACGGGUGCCCGGCAGACAACCAGAGUCCUACCAACUCGGACUAUGCGUAUUAUGUUGAUCUGUGUGAGUUUAUCUGCAGUCGGGAAGUGGUGAAGCUCUGCAAGAAGCUUCCCGAUAGCAACUUUGCUCGGGCACGUAAUGCCCGGCUCAUCAUGAGCAACCAGAUCCCGAAAAUGGCAACGGACGACGCCAAACCCUACUGUUUCUGGCACCCGGACGUCCCCAGCGAGAACACGCUCCGACAGUUGGCAAAACGCUAUCCCGAGAUGGCAUACCUCGUCGGUCGGGCAUGUGCCGUGGCAGGAUAUGAGGGGUUGUACCAUGAGCUUAGUCUCCUCCCCGAGGUGUCGAUCGCCGAAGAGGCUAGGGAAUCGGAUAAACCAGGGUCCAAGGCCAUCUUCGAGUACAUCAUGAAGCAGCCAGUCUGCUACGCCGUCCUGGACGACUACACCCGGUCCGUCAACCACCAAAACCCUCGGUGUCCGGCCUUUAUGAACGGCGACACGGCCGUCCGAUCAACACUGGAUGUGACGGUAAACCCGGAGGAUCACCGUUAUAGGACCAUCAACUACAACCCUUACUAUGAUUCCUGUCCCUUCGACAUCGCCGAAGACGACCACAUCGGCCUCGUGACGACACACAUCUAUGCAGGGCAGGACACGCUGCCCCCGCAACACGUCGAGCUGCUUUACUCGCCUCUGCCGUUGCAUCUGCCCACCAUGAUGAAGGACCCGCUGAUAAUCAUGGCCGCGUAUGAAGGCAACCUGGACCGCUAUCUCCGCUUGCGUCGGCCGCGCAUGGUCAUGGGCGAGCACGGCGCCGUUCUGCGCGGGAUAUACCACAACACCACCUUUGCCAAGUGGUGGUCGCUUCAGCCACGGGAUGGGGAAAGCUCGGGAGAUAUCCGAGCCGCCACCCUCGCGCGCUUCAUCAUGGUCAACGACCUGUCGCACAUCACCGAGACUGAUCCCGAUCCCGAAGCUGACUUCGACGAGAUUCCCGGCAUGAUCUGGUGGCCGCUCGUUCCCGCCAAAGAAACGCUGGCGGCCCUUGCCAAACGCCGGCCGGACAUGCACCUCCAGGUAGCCAUGGCGUGCAUCGCGGGGAACUACAAGGAGCUGUGGGACAAGCUGGCGCCGAAGCCGUGCAAGCAGCUGUGGGACAUGGCUACUCUUAAAUGCGAUUCCAGCGUCCGGAACCACUUCGUCGACUACCUCGAGCGUCGCACUUCCGAGCUAGGACUUGUAGCAAGUGAACGCUUUGCUGGCGGCAGGGGUGCGAUAUGCGACUACCCUGCGCACGACUGGUGCUGGAAUGCGGCGAGGGUCAUCAAGGAACCCUAUGACGACUUGGCGUACAACCCUCUGUGCUACUUGCCUAGGCAUCUGGCCAUAAAGGAGCCGAACGAUCAGCUUGAUCAGGAGAAUAUUUAUGGAGCGGUCGAGCAGAUGUAUUUGGGUGACUGGGAACUGUACAUUGCUUCGACGGAUGAGAUGAGGGCCAAGAUACCGGAGGGUGAGGAUUGCUUGAAGUUGUAUGAUGAUGUUGAUUAUAAACAGGGGUUCCCCAGGUGGAAGCCGUCAACCAGGGACACGGAAACGAAUUCCCUAUCUUCGAAAGAAGCGGAUGACGACGACGUGGAAGCAAGCAGCCAGGAUAACGACGGGAACACCACGGACUGA